AAUUUUGGGAAUUCAAGAGUCCAAGAAAGACCUAUUUAUAAACAGUGUAUGGGAAGUAGGGACAAAAACAACAAUCAGUGGCGCCCUAAUCACUCUAUUAAAUAAAAACCAAACUAUUAUCAGUUUCUUAGCUGAAGUUUUUGGUUCUUGAGAAGCUGAAGAAAUUCUUGCACAAAGAGAGCAACUUAAAUCUCUCCGCCACCUCCGCCGCCUGAGCCACCACCACAGCCCUCCAAGAAAAGUGAUAAAGUCAUAGAAAUGGCUACCAUUGUCCACUUGAGGUGGUUGCACUAGAGGGACAGCUGCACCGCCGCAGACGGCGGAGCUGAGAGGAAGAAGGACGAGUUUAUGCUGUUCUGAUAUUCACCAACAUGAGGUGAUGGUGUGUUGCAUUAAAGAUGGCUUUUUGCUCACAUGCAUGGAUUUUCAAUACCUCUAUAUUGUGUGCAUUUGAAGCAUUCCCACCACCAGAAAUGCCUCUUUCACAUGCAUAUUGUCCCCUUAGCUAGAGUGGACUUUCACCUCCCCCGCCGUCAUCACCACCACCGGAAUCCCUCCCUUUUGAGUCCUGUUUCUUGACUUUUUGACUGUUAAGAAAAAGAAGAAGAAGAAACCCAUUUUGAAGGCUGAAAAUGGAGUUAAAAAGAUUGUAUUUUGCUACCCCUACAGCCGCAUUUCUCUUCAUGUUUCUCCUCUGUUUUAGCUUAAGUUUUACAGCACUAGAAGUUGAGUGUCUGUCUUCUGAUGGACAAGCUCUUCUCUCUCUCCUGUCAGCAGCAGACCCUUACUACAAGAAAUCAUCUCCUGUUCUCUCUUCUUGGAACCCUUCAAAUCCAACUCCAUGUUCUUGGCAGGGCAUAACUUGUUCUCCUCAAGAAAGGGUCAUUUCACUAUCAAUUCCAGAUACAUUUCUCAAUCUUUCUUCAAUUCCCUCGGACCUCUCUUCCCUUUCCUCUCUUCAGCUUCUUAACCUCUCCUCCACCAAUAUUUCUGGCUCAAUCCCAUCUUCUUUUGGCUCAUUGACUCAACUUCGCCUUUUGGAUUUGUCUUCCAACUCUCUUUCAGGGCCUAUUCCAUCUGAACUAGGCAAACUGACUUUGCUUCAGUUCCUUUUCUUGAACUCAAACAGAUUGACUGGUGCAAUCCCACAGCAGCUUGCGAAUCUUUCUUCACUUCAAGUCCUCUGCCUCCAAGAUAAUCUCCUUAAUGGGUCUAUCCCUAUGCAAUUAGGCUCAUUGAUUUCCCUCCAGCAACUUAGAAUCGGGGGCAAUCCGUAUCUAACUGGUGAGAUUCCACGACAGUUGGGCCUUCUGACCAAUCUCACAACAUUUGGUGCUGCUGCCACUGGACUCUCUGGUGUUAUCCCACCUACAUUUGGGAACUUGAUCAAUCUUCAAACAUUGGCACUUUAUGAUACUGAAGUAUUCGGUUCAAUACCGAGUGAAUUAGGCCUCUGUUCAGAGUUGAGAAACCUGUAUUUGCACAUGAACAAGCUCACCGGUUUAAUCCCGCCCGAACUUGGGAAGCUGCAGAAGCUAACUAGCAUGCUUUUGUGGGGCAAUUCACUCUCCGGCUCAAUCCCACCUGAACUUUCCAACUGUUCAUCCCUUGUUGUUCUUGAUGUGUCUGCUAAUGAUUUGUCGGGUGAGAUUCCAGGUGAUUUAGGGAACCUAGAUGUUCUUGAACAGCUUCAUCUGUCUGAUAAUGCACUCACCGGUUCAAUUCCGUGGCGCCUGAGCAAUUGCACGAGCCUAAUUGCUCUUCAGCUUGAUAAAAAUCAAUUAUCAGGUCCAAUCCCUGGGCAAAUUGGCGAAUUGAAGAACUUGCAGAGUUUUUUCUUGUGGGGAAAUUCAGUCUCUGGAACCAUACCGCCUGAGUUUGGGAACUGUACUGAACUUUAUGCGCUUGACCUUUCACGGAACAAGCUCACAGGAUCAAUCCCAGAAGAAGUAUUUGGCUUAAAGAAACUGAGCAAGCUGCUGCUACUAGGGAAUUCCUUAACCGGGGAAUUGCCACGCAGUGUAGCAAGAUGUCAGUCUCUUGUGAGGUUAAGGCUUGGCGAGAAUCAACUUUCAGGUCAGAUUCCAAAAGAGAUUGGACAACUGCAAAAUCUCGUGUUUCUUGAUUUAUAUAUGAACCAUUUUUCUGGUGGUUUGCCUCCUGAAAUCGGUAACAUUUCGGUUCUAGAGUUGUUGGAUGUGCAUAAUAAUUACAUUACAGGCAACAUACCGUCUCAGUUGGGGGCCCUAGUUAACUUAGAGCAGCUUGAUCUUAGUAGAAAUAGUUUCACAGGUGAAAUCCCUUGGAGUUUUGGUAAUUUCAGUUACUUGAAUAAACUUAUCUUGAACAAUAACCUUCUUACCGGUGCAAUUCCAAAGUCCAUUAGGAACUUGCAGAAAAUCACUCUACUUGAUUUGAGCUUCAAUAGCUUUUCUGGUCCCAUACCAUCUGAAAUUGGCUACUUGACAAGCUUAACAAUUAGUUUAGAUCUGAAAGCAAACCGGUUCAUUGGUGAAAUCCCAGAGACAAUGUCUGGUUUGACUCAGCUGCAAUCCCUCGACCUCUCAAAUAAUUUGCUGUAUGGGAGGAUCUCAGUUAUAAGUGUUCUCACAAGUCUCACAUUCCUGAAUGUUUCAUGUAACAACUUCUCUGGUCCAAUACCUGUGACACCAUUCUUCCACACUUUAACCAUGAAUUCUUUCCUGGAAAAUCCUCACCUUUGUCAAUCUCUUGAUGGCUCCACUUGUUCUUCGCGUCUGAUGAGAAGAAAUGGGUUGAAGUCAGCCAAAACAAUUGCUUUAGUUGCUGUGAUCCUGAUUUCUGUGACAAUGGCAGCUGUUGCUACCUGGAUAAUUGUGGCACGUAAUCAUAAAUAUGUGAUCGAGAAGUGAGGAAUGCCAAGCUCCUCUACAGAAGAGGAUUUCUCUUACCCUUGGACCUUCAUUCCGUUUCAGAAGCUCAACUUCACAAUUGAGAACAUCUUGAAUUGCUUGAGAGAUGAAAAUGUUAUUGGAAAAGGAUGUUCGGGGGUGGUUUACAAGGCAGAAAUGCCUAAUGGUGAGUUGGUAGCAGUUAAAAAGUUGUGGAGAACCAAGAAGGAUGAAGAACCAAUAGACUCUUUUGCUGCUGAGAUUCAAAUUCUUGGACACAUUAGGCACAGGAAUAUUGUGAAACUACUGGGCUAUUGUUCAAACAAGAGUGUUAAGCUUCUUCUCUACAACUUCAUCCCAAACGGAAACCUUCAACAGCUUUUGCAGAAUAACAGAAACUUGGACUGGGAAACUAGGUACAAGAUUGCUGUUGGAUCAGCUCAAGGUCUUGCUUAUCUUCAUCACGAUUGCUUGCCCGCCAUUCUUCAUAGAGAUGUGAAAUGCAAUAAUAUACUCCUUGAUUCCAAGUACGAGGCUUAUUUGGCUGAUUUUGGACUUGCAAAGCUAAUGAACUCUCCAAACUAUCAACAGGCAAUGUCGAGAGUAGCAGGCUCUUAUGGAUAUAUUGCACCAGAGUAUGGAUACACCGUAAACAUAACAGAAAAGAGCGAUGUCUACAGCUACGGGGUGGUUUUGCUAGAGAUUUUAAGCGGGCGCAGUGCAGUUGAACCACAGAUUGGCGACGGGCUGCACAUUGUGGAGUGGGUGAAGAAGAAAAUGGGAAGCUUUGAACCUGCUGUGUCAGUACUCGACCCAAAGCUCCAAGGCUUGCCGGAUCAAUUGGUGCAAGAAAUGCUACAAACUCUCGGAAUCGCUAUGUUUUGUGUGAACUCAUCGCCAGCUGAAAGGCCAACCAUGAAGGAAGUGGUGGCUCUUCUAAUGGAAGUGAAGAGUCCACCGGAGGAAUCAGGGAAAACUUCUCAGCCUCUAAUAAAACAGUCCUCAAAUCAAAGCUGAUUAAGCUUUCAAUGUAAUUCGGUUUCCUACAACCUUUUUAGCAUUAGGGGAUAAGUAGUGACUUUUCUUUCUUUCUUUCCCAGCAUGAAGGGUGAGCAAUUAUUAUGGGAAGCAAGAGCCAAACACUCUGCUCCUUGUAUUUGGACAAUGCCUUAGGCAAUUUCUUUGUACAGCUUUAGUUACAUUAUGUUUCUCAGUUUGGCUCCUGAAUGUGAUAGCUGAUUCCCACCA